UUGAAGGCUCGCGAUAUUACCGCAUCUGCAAACGCCCACCUGCUUGAAUGAUGGGAGACACGCGCGAUGAGCUCCCGGAAGCUCCGGUUGCACCACCGAAAAAGAAAUCUCUCUUCAGCAAACCUACAUUUUCGAAACCCCAAGAGCUGGAAGAAGGCAUCGAUUUCUUCAGCAGAGCAAAAGAGCUCUACCCUCGUAGGCUCGCCGAAGAAGAGCGGAGGCGGCAGAGGAAGCUGGUGAAAUUGGAGCGCAAGAGGUCCACCGCCAGUGCAGAAAGGAAAGCGUCCAGUACUCCAGAGAUCAAGCGGCGUCGUGUUUCUGCAGAACCAGAGGAUAAGAACGAGCACUCUUCUGACAGCUCACCCAAUAACGAUCUUCAGGAUGAAGUAUAUUCGAGCCGAGGCGAAUCUACACUUUCGACACCCGGCCCGAAGUCGAAAUCGAAAUCGGAAUCGGAUUCACAACAGAGAUUACAAGCUUCUCCAACAACGCUUUCAGCACGGUAUGGAAGGGACCUUGAGACGAAGAACCAGAAGAUUUCGAAAGAGAAGCCAAUAGCCAAGGGCUAUAUAUCUUUGAGUGACAGUGAAGAUGAAGGAGUGACAGUGAAGCAAUCAGUUCCCGACCCUUUUAGUGUAGAUGAUGAUGAUGAUAUCUAUAUGGUCCCAAGUGCGAAACCUUCACCCGAGGAAGAAGAGUCUCGACUCUCUGACGAAGAAUUUCCGGAGUUGAUUCAACGUGCGAGAGAAAAAGAGAAGAAGAAGGAACUUGAACGUCUCAAUACUCAGAAAUCAUUUGCCGAGCAGAAUCAUGGGACUGGUGGGCGUCUAUCAGCAGCUGACGACGUCUUCCGGGAACCCAAGGCCCCAGAGGCCGAUCCAGUCGUUGAAAUCCUAGUCUCGUCUUGUCUCGAGGGCACGAAGCCUCUAAUGGUCCGAAGAAAGCUAACUCAACGUCUGAAAGAAGUCAGACUUAGCUGGUGUGAUAAACAGGUCAUAGGAGGCCAAUAUUUGCCACCAGAAAUCAAAGCCUCAAUAUUUCUCACGUGGAAUGGCAAAAGACUGUUCGAUGCUUCUACGUGCAAGCACCUGGGCAUCAAGGUGGGUUCGAACGGGAAAUUAUCCUCUGAGGGGAAGGGCAUUGAUGAACAUGGGAGGUUACACUUUGAAGCUUGGACGGAAGAUGCGUUCAUGGCUUACCAACAGCAACAGCAGCUUCAGCAAGAGCGUGGCGGCCGCGAGGAUGAGCCAGAGCAAGAGGAGGAAGUAGCUGUUGAGAGGGUCAAGUUGAUUAUGAAGGCAAAGGACAUGGAGCCUUUCAGAAUGAGGGUAAAAGCAACGACGUUGAUCCAGAAGAUGGUUGACGCAUUUUGUCUCGAAAGGAACAUCCCAGAGGGAAAAGACGUUGCGUUAUACUUCGACGGCGAUAAACUCGAUCCGGCUUCGAAGAUUGAGGAUACAGAGCUGGCUGACAUGGAUACGGUGGAGGUGCACAUUCGAUAAU